AUGAAAAAUAAAGGAACUCGUGAAGUGUUAAGAGUUUUACAAAAGUUUGUAGCAGAACAUAGCCCAAGUACUUUAACAUCAGACCAAGACAGUGCUUACCUCAGCAACGAAAUCACAGAAUUUCUCAUUAAGCAUAACAUAACUCACUACACUACUGAAGACCAUAACCAUAACAUACUCGGCAUCAUAAACCGCUUCAUAAGAACGCUCAGAGAUUUAAACCAAGAGCGAGACUUUACCGAAGAAACAAUGAAACAUUUUCUCGAAGUAUAUAAUUCCUCAACACAUUCUACAACAGGACAUACACCAAAUUCAAUGACACAACAACAGUUAAAGUCCAUGAAGCUAUAA